ACCAACGCUCAAAACCACCUCUCUGUCUCCCUCUCUCUAUCUCUCUCUUGAGUUCUGUGUCUUUUCUUCUUCGUUCUCUCUGCACAAUGGAUUUACCAGUACCGCAACCCUCGCCGGAACUUCACUUAGAUAACCUUAAAGCUCUCAAAGUCCUCGGUAAAGGUGCCAUGGGCACCGUCUUCCUCGUCCAUGAUAAGACAUCCGACCCUUCUGCCUGCUCUCCCUUCGCCCUCAAGGUCGUCGAGAAAGCUUCCCUCCAUACCAAGCUCGACGCUGCGCGCCGUGCCCGAUGGGAAAUCCGGGUCCUUUCCCGCCUCUCCGACUCCUCCCAUCCAUUCCUACCAUCCCUUCUCGGUUACCUCGACACACACGACUUCCUCGCCUGGGCUGUCCCUUACUGCCCCGGUGGCGACCUCAACGUUCUCCGCUACCGACAAAACGAUCGCGUUUUCUCCCACGCCGUCAUUCGCUUCUACUUGGCCGAGAUCGUCUGCGCUCUCGAUCACCUCCAUCGCAUGGGCAUCGUCUACCGCGACCUCAAGCCCGAGAACGUUCUCAUCCAACAGUCAGGUCACGUAACCCUCACGGACUUCGACCUCUCCAGGAGCUUAUCACCGAGGACGGUCGCGGUUAAGACCUUCAUUUCCACUGAUCAGGCCGCCGAGGAACCACCGGAUAUUCGCCGGAAACACCGGAGGAAUCUGUCACGGUGGAUAACAAUAUUACCCGAUAAUAACAGCAAGAACAAGAAGGGCCUGAAGAAGGCCAAGUCGGCACGGGUCAGCCCGGUCAGUCGACGCAAGCCAAGUUUCUCCGACGGUGAACGGUCCAACUCCUUCGUGGGAACGGAGGAGUAUGUGGCGCCGGAGGUGGUACGGGGCGACGGUCACGAGUUCGCCGUCGAUUGGUGGGCCCUGGGGGUACUAACCUACGAGAUGCUCUACGGUACGACGCCGUUCAAGGGGAAGAACCGGAAAGAAACGUUUCGGAACGUUUUGGUGAAAGCGCCCGAAUUCAUCGGCAAAGGCACGGCCUUAACGGAUUUGAUCGGACGGUUGUUAGAGAAGGACCCCACCAGAAGAUUGGGGUACCUGAGAGGAGCGAGCGAGAUCAAGGGACACGCGUUCUUUCGUGGUGUCAGGUGGGACCUAUUGACGGAUAUAUUACGACCGCCGUUUAUCCCGUCGAGAGACGACGUGGACUUGACGGACCACAUAACGACGGGAGGGCUGGACAUAAAGGACUACUUCCAGAAAUUGAGAUCACCGCCGUCGUUUCCACCAUCACCGUUAUCAGAGCGUCACGAUACCGUUUCGUUACCUGAGUUCUGAUCCAAUGUGCUCGCUCGCACGUGUAAGAAUUUUUUUUUUUUUUUUGGGUCAAAAUUCUGUGUAUUUUUGUGUAUAUAAAAUAACUGUAGAACGUGAAAAAGGGCUUUAGUAAAAGAAGAUUAGUUGUCGCUUA